GCUAAGAGCUUUUCCAUAGAUACCAAACUUACACGCUAAAUCGCGCCCCUGAGAAUCGACCCCGCAUUUAGGAUUCAGGGUGAUAUCCAUUGGCCACCAGAGGACUUGCAAGGCCCCACGCGCGCUCAAGAGCUUAAUUUGGCUUUGACUAUGCGUCACAUUCCUUUAUGAUAAGCCCGAGCACGAAGCUCCACAAACCGUUGAAAGAUUGCGCCUAGUGCGAAUACCUGCACGGUAUGGUCUCUAGGGAGCGGGUUGUCAAGGCCGUGCACGCUGUGGCACCUCGCGGAAGCAGGGCACGGCUACUUUUGUUCCUGGAAUCGUUGCCGGCCGAGGAGCUGGCCCAGUCGUGCGUCACAGAUGCAGACGACGAUGAGCUAAUCUACGAUUACAUUGCCCUAAAGGCCCAAGGUGGCAGCAGCACCGGUGCGCACCCAGACGCGGAGCACCCGCGCGACCAGCAGCAGGGCCCUGCCGGCGCAAUGGCCAGCCCAGAAGCCGCCUUGAACCUGGAUUCGCUGUGCCCGCGCGGGGCGCAGGCCGCCAAGUGCGUCGUGAGCCGGCUCAUGCACUUGGGCAAGUGCAUCGGCACCGCAGUGCGCGUCGCGUGGGCUGCCGGCGACGAGCCCAUGGGUGACAUCGUGCUGACGGCACGGCACUGCGUGGAGGAGGGCGGCGCCUGCCUGUCCGGCCUUUGCGCCUUUGACGGCGACCUGGCAUUCCUGGCGGCACGGCCGGACCUGGACGUGGCCGUGUUCCGCGGCCCGCGGGGCCGCGGCCUCCGGCUGAUGCAGCACGCGCUGCUGCCGGGCGGGGAUAUUUGGUUGCUGUCAUUCCCCCUUCCGGUCGAGUUGGAGUUCGCUGCAACCAGUGCUGCCGCGGCCGGCGCUGGCGGGGCGGCGGCGGCGACGGCGGCAACGGCUGACGAGGUGCCAACGGUGGACAGGGGCACGGUUUCGAGGAUCGGCCCCACCGGGCUUUCCGCCGUGGCAUCUUUUAACACCGGCAUGCGCGACAGCUCGGGGGGCGCGGUGCUCUGCGGCCCCUGUGCACUGGCGGGGCUGUACACCUGCUUGCUGUGGCACCUGCAAGGGCUCGGUGAGGCCGGCAGCAGCACCAGCAGUAGUAGCGGUGGCGCCAGCGCCAGCAGCACGCCGCCAGCCACGGUUGAGCGGGACCCCGCGUGCAUGUGGACGCCGCCACCCGACGCUGCAGUGGACGCCGUGGAUGCUGCCGCCGGGGACGUGGGGAAGGCGGCGGAGCUCAGCUGGAUUAAUAUUCCGCACAAGAGCUGCGCGUCCAUGUUCACGACCGCGACCGCACUGUGGCAGUUGCUGCAGCAAGUUGGUGAGGGGCCGCGCGACCCGUUGGAGGUAGCGCAGACGGCGGCUACCGCACUUACACGGCGCCUGACGAAGCGGGGACGCCGCUCCGAGAGGUAGCCUUACGGCUGGCUUGCCAGACUGGCGUGUGGACUGCUGGCCGUGGCAGGUGCACCAGCAGCACUCGCAUCAUUGACCAGCACCGCUGUUGUAGACUUGUUAUGAUGUCGAGACUUGUUAUGAUAUCGAACUUAGAUUGUUACUUGGACCUCAAAUGUGGUCAGGAGCAACGGCGGAACGGCUUGUAGCAGCGCUGGCACCUGCUGGGAACGCUGGAUGAUUGAGGGCGUGCAGCAGGUAGAGGGCAUUGUAUCGGAACUGCUGACGCCGUGGUCGGUGUGGCUGCGGACAGCGGGUCAGAAAUGUGGCGGGUAUUGCAGGCCGGCAUUCACAUUCGCAUGAUGAAGAAUGGGUGAUGCAGCAAGAUCUAUUAAGUAGUGUCACGUUAUGUUGGCGCACCGUACCUCAGCAGUUUUACCUUCCCUGACUGCAGCCAGGGUCCGAACCACCUUGGCCCAGUCUGGCGCGCCUGCCCACACGAAGCGGAUGCACGUGUCGACAUUCAGGCCCUGGGAGGCCGCCUGCCCCUCCAGCUGUUCUACCAGUUCCUCCAUACGGUACUGCGGACGCCCGGCUCCAGUUCGCCCUGUGUGGAUGGGCCUUCGAGGCCGUGCAGCAGCAGUAGGCCCAGCAGCAGGACGGCGGUGGCCGUCAGGGAAAAGCUAGGGCCCAGGUCCGAGCCGUGCUGCUCUUCGUGGGCACAGGUUGGCACGGAUGCCUGCAGGGCGGGAUUGAAGGCGGCGGUCUGCCGGUGGAAUGACGAGCUACACUGAUUUGCUAUGCUGCUCUUUGGUCGUGACGACUGGC